AUGUCGACUCUCGGCCUCGCAUCCGCCCACCGCGCGGCUCACGUCGCGCCACGAGGCGCCAACCUCGGGCGCCCAUCGGCCGCCAAACGUCGCGCGCCCCCGCCGCUCUCCCAGCGCCGCCCUCGCGCGGUCGCCGUGGACGCGUCGGUGGACUCCCGCACGCAGGCCGACUUCGACGCGCUCUGGGCGUGGCUCGGGUCCGAGGGCGUCGACGUGAGCAAGGUAUCCCCCGCGUUGGUCGACGCCGCUCCCGGAGGCCGGGGAUGGGGCCUCGUCGCCGCGGAGGACAUCGGCGGGGGCGACGCGGUGCUCGCGAUCCCGCGAUCGCUGUGGAUGACCGUGGACACCGCGCUCGCGUCGCCGAUCGGCGCGCACUGCGGCGACGAGGCUGGCUGGAUCGCGGUCGCGCUCCAGCUCCUCCACGAAAGAUCGAUCGGCGAAAAGUCGAGGUGGGCCGCGUACGUAAACGCGCUGCCCGCACAGCUGGACGCGCCCCUGUUCUGGAGCGCGGAGGAGGUGGCGACGCUCACGGGGACCCAGCUGCUGGACGCCGCGGCGGGAUACGACUCGUACGCGCGGGGCACGUGGGCGCGAUUGAAAGAGUCGGCGUUUGACGCGAACCCGGACGUCUUCCCGAGCGACGCCUUCGACGAACCGAGCUUCCUGUGGGCGUUCGGCAUCCUCCGCAGCCGGUGCCAGGCGCCGGUGGACCAGGGCGCCGACAUCGCGCUCGUCCCGGGCCUGGACAUGGCGAACCACAGCGGCUUGUCCUCGCAGACGUGGACGCUGAACAACGGCGGCGUCGCCGCGGUGUUUGGCGGGGGCAAAAGCGGCGGAUCGAUGCUCCUCCGCACCGAGAAGGGCGCCAAGGGCCUUCUCGCGAAGGGCGCGGAGGUGUUCAUGAACUACGGCCAACGGAAGAUCGAUAACCAGCUCGCGCUCGAUUACGGAUUCACCGACGCCUUCGCGUCUAGGCCGGGCUACGUCUUGGGUCCGAUCGCCAUCCCCGAGUCGGAUCCCAACGCGUUCGAUAAGAUGGACGUCCUGGAGGUUGCUGGGCUGCGAGAGGCGCCGUCGUUCGUGCUGAGGGCGUUCGAGGACCCGGAACCCGAGCUGAGGGUGUUCAUGAGGCUGCUCAACCUGAAGGGGGAGGAUGCGUUUUUGCUCGAGGCGAUUUUCCGCCAGGAGGCGUGGGGCCUCAUCUCCGAGCCCGUGUCGCGACUGAACGAGCAGGAGGCGUGCGGCACGAUGAUCAACGGGUGCGAGGAGGCGCUGCGUGGGUACGCGACGCGCGUGGAGGACGACAGGAGGGUCGCCGAGGACCCCGGCGUGGGUCACAGGCUUCGGCUCGCCGCUCGGGUGAGGAUGGGGGAGAAGCAGGCGCUGGCGGAUGCGUUGGGGUUCUUCUCGGGCGUCGAGGCCAGGCUUGACAGCAUGGAGUACUACCAGGAGAGGCGCCUGAGGUCGCUGAAUCUGCUGGACAAGGACGGCAACAGCACCUACGACCCUUUCCAGGAUACCAUGGCGUGA